AUGGCUGACGAUGGAAUGCUGAUGAAUUUUGAGCUCGGCAGUGGGCCGCUCAAGCCGCAAGUCAAAUUCACCGGUGGAAGCUGGAGAGACAGGAAGCGGGCGCAGAAGAGCGCAAAGCUUGGCUCACGUCCAGCAGUUGAGAGAUCAGGUCUUGACGACGACCAGCGAUCGGCAAAGAGGCUGAAAGUUGAUGGCCAUGGACCCGGAAGACGCACCGACGGCGACUCGGAACACCGCACAGACUUUCCACGAAAGAAAACGGCAGAUCAUGGACACGCUCCGGGACAGAAUAAAGGCCCCGGAAAAGGGUCUCGCCAAGUCGUUUCCCGCUUGUUUUCUUUCAACCCAGAGCAGAAAACAACAUUCGAUGACGAGCCCGAAUGGAAAGAACCAGAACCGACAAACGCGCCACUACUGACGGUUGCUAACUUCGGAUCCCUGACGAUAUCCUCUCGACUCGUGGAGGCGCUUGCCAAGAUGAACCUUGAGCGCCCAACGGCAAUUCAGCAAAAAGUUAUUCCUCACAUGCUGUCGAGCAGCUCAGAUGCGUUUGUUCAAGCUGAGACGGGUUCUGGAAAGACGUUCGCCUACCUUCUUCCCAUAUUACAUCGAGUUCUCCUCCUUAGCGGACGAGGCGACCAGCAGAUUCAUCGGGACUCGGGCAUUUUCGCCAUUAUUGUCGCGCCAACCCGCGAACUUGCAAAACAAACACAUACAGUGCUGGAGCAGCUCAUUAGACCAUUCCCAUGGCUGGUCUCUACCGCGAUCACUGGAGGAGAGUCUAAGAAAGCGGAAAAGGCUCGGCUUCGGAAAGGCAUCAGCUUCUUGGUGGCAACUCCGGGAAGAUUGGCCGAUCACAUCGAUAACACCAAGGCUCUCAAUUUGGGCACUGUAAGGUGGCUUAUUCUCGACGAAGGCGAUCGACUGAUGGAUUUGGGAUUCGAAGAGGAUCUAAGGAAAGCCAUUAAUGCUCUUAAGCAGAUAGAAUUGUCAAAGACUCUUUCUUCCGGAGUAUCUCUCGAGCCUCUUCCAGAUCGAAGAGUUACCGUUCUAUGCUCUGCUACAAUGAAGAUGAAUGUGCAGAAACUCGGCGAGAUGAGUCUUGCUGAUGCUACCUUCCUGGCUGCUGAAAAGGGCGCUGAGACGGUGGCUGAAAACAAGGACGAACAGGCUGUUCACAAGGCUCCGGCACAAUUGCACCAGUCACACAUCAUUGUACCUGCCAAGUUGAGACUGGUGACACUUAUGGCCUAUCUCAAGUCUGUCUUCUCUCGCCGUGGCCACACAAUGAAAGCCAUAAUUUUCAUGUCCUGUGCUGAUACCGUCGACUUCCACUACGAACUUCUCAAGGUUCCCGAAAACGGUGAAGUACCUCCCCCGACCUCAAAAGAUGCAGAAAAUAUCUCCAAGACCGUUGCAAAGGCAGCGUAUAUCACGUCGCUUGCAAGCCCCGAGGUAGUGCUGCACAGGAUGCACGGCUCCCUUUCACAGCCAGUUAGAACGGCAACACUGCGAUCGUUCUCGGCUUGCAAAUCCCCCUCUCUUCUCAUCACAACAGAUGUCUCGUCUCGUGGUCUAGACAUUCCUUCGGUUGAUUUGGUCAUCGAAUAUGACCCUGCCUUCAGCUUUGCCGAUCAUAUCCAUCGAAUUGGACGUACAGCGCGAGCUGGACGCUCGGGUGACGCAGUCAUUUUCCUUCUCCCCGGUACAGAAGAGGGCUACAUUGAGCUCCUCAAGGCUUCUGGCUCACCCUCCCCUCUAUCUUACGAAUCUGUGCUGCAAAAGGGCCUGAUGACCAAACUGGAAUUCCCCGUAGAAACGACAGCCAAGCCUGAAGAUGGACAAUCCUAUCACGAUAAAGCGGAAACUUUACAGCUUCACUUGGAGCAGCGCCUCCUCAUCGAUAGCAAACGACUUGAGCUAGCAAGGAACGGAUUCAAGUCGCACAUCAGAGCCUAUGCGACACAUACUCGAGAAGAGAGAGUCCAUUUUGACAUUACUCAGCUGCAUCUAGGACAUGUUGCGAAAGCUUAUGGAUUACGUGACCCGCCAGGAGGAAUUGGCGCUGGUCUGGACCGGAAGGCACAAAAGGGAGGCAAAGAUGCAGGGAAGAGGACCGCCAAAGGCGUUAAGGGAGCCAAGAAGGGUGAUGAUGAUGAUGAUAGUGAUAGCGACAAGCAAGAUCAGGCGAAGCCGGCGAGAGCCAUGCUUAUGCGUAAGAGUAGGAUGCUCACGACGGGAGCUAGCGAGUUCAAUAUUGGAUAG